CCGGCUCCAUUUAGUUCCCUCGCCCCGCUCGCGGGCGCGCCCAGUGCAGACUGCGGAGCCCCGAGCCGGGGAGAAUCCGGGAGGAGGUGGAAAGCCGCACCCCGCGCUGCCCGCGCAUUUCCUCAGGAGCCCGGGGUCGCCCGGCAGACGCCGCCGAGAUGCGGGGACCCCGGCUCGGGACCGCCGCACACCUCUUCUGCGUGUGGAGCGCGGCGCUGGCCGCCGCCCCUGGGCCCAGGUUUCUGGUGACAGCCCCUGGCAUUAUCAGGCCGGGAGAAAACGUGACCAUUGGUGUGGAGCUUCUGGAACACAGCCCCUCACAGGUCACUGUGAAGGCAGAGGUGGUCAAGAUGGCAGCGAACUUUGCCGUCUCUGUCCUGGAAGCAGAAGGAGUCUUUGAAAAAGGCUCUUUCAAGAUGCUUAUUCUUCCAUCACUGCCUAUGAACAGUGCGGAUGGGAUUUAUGAGCUCUGUGUCACCGGACGUGCCCAGGAUGAGAUUUUAUUCUCGAAUAGUACGCGCUUAUCAUUUGAGACCAAGAAAAUGACUGUCUUCAUUCAAACAGACAAGCCCCUGUAUAAACCAAAGCAAGAAGUGAAGUUUCGUGUUGUUACACUCUUGUCAGAUUUUAAGCCUUACAAAACCUCUUUAAACAUUCUAAUUAAGGAUCCCAAGUCAAAUUUGAUCCAACAGUGGCUGUCAGAACAAAGUGAUCUUGGAGUCACUUCCAAAACUUUCCAGCUAUCUUCCCAUCCAAUACUUGGGGACUGGUCCAUCCAAGUUCAAGUGAAUGACCAGACAUAUUAUCAGUCAUUUCAGGUUUCAGAAUAUGUAUUACCAAAAUUUGAAGUUGCUUUGCAGACACCAUUAUAUUGUUCUUUAAAUUCUGAGAGUUUAAAUGGUACCGUCACAGCAAAGUAUACAUAUGGGAAGCCAGUGAAAGGAGACCUAACACUUACAUUUUUACCUUUAUCCUUUUGGGGUGUGAAGAAAAAUAUUACAAAAACAUUUAAGAUAAAUGGAUCUGCAAACUUCUCUUUUAAUGAUGAAGAGAUGAAAAAAGUAAUGGAUUUUUCGGAUGGGCUUUCUGAACACACGAAUCUAUCUUCUCCUGGGCCGGUGGAAAUUUUAGCCACAGUGACAGAAUCACUUACAGGUAUCUCAAGAAAUGCAAGCUCCAAUGUAUUUUUCAAGCAACACGAUUACAUCAUUGAAGUUUUUGAUUAUGCUGCUAUCUUAAAGCCAUCUCUCAACUUCACAGCCUCUGUGAAGGUAACCCGUUCUGAUGGUAAUCCACUGACUCCUGAAGAAAGAAGAAAUAAUGUAGUCAUAACGGUGACACAGAGAAACCAUACCAGCUACUGGAGCAGAUGGGACGGUGGCAAUCAGGAACCUGGGGCUGUCCAGAUCCUAAAUCACACUGUCCCCCCAAACGGAAUCUUCAAGAUCGAAUUCCCAAUCCUGGACGAUUGCAGUGAGCUACGAAUGAAGGCCUCUUUUCUUGAUAGUGUGAGUAGCAUGGCAGUUCAUGAUAUGUUUAAGUCUCCUAGUAAAACAUACAUCCAGCUAAAAACAAGAGAUGAAAAUAUAAAGGUGGGAUCACCUUUUGAGUUGGUGGUUAGUGGCAAUAAGCAGUUGAAGGAGUUAAGCUAUAUGGUAGUGUCCAGGGGACAGUUGGUGGCUGUAGGCAAGCACAAUUCAACAGCCUUUUCCUUAACACCAGAAAAUUCCUGGGCUCCAAAAGCCUGUAUUAUUGUGUAUUAUAUUGAAGAUGAUGGGGAAAUUAUAAAUGAUGUUCUAAAAAUUCCUGUUCAGCUUGUUUUUAAAAAUAAGAUACAGUUAUUUUGGAGUAAAGCCAGUGCUGAACCAUCUGAGAAAGUCUCUCUUAGGAUAUCUGUGACACAGCCAGAUUCAAUAGUUGGGAUUGUAGCUGUUGACAAAAGUGUGAAUCUGAUGAAUGUCUCAAACGAUAUUACAAUGGAAAAUGUGGUUCAUGAAUUGGAACUUUAUAACACAGGAUAUUAUUUAGGAAUGUUCAUGAAUUCUUUUGGAGUCUUUCAGGAGUGUGGCCUCUGGGUAUUGACAGAUGCAAACCUUGUGAAGGAUUACGUUGAUGAUGUUUAUGACCGUAUAGCGUUUUUGGAGGAAACUGAAGGAUACUUGGUAGAUUUUCAUGACUUUUCUUCGGGUAGCAGUCCACGUGUCAGAAAGCAUUUUCCAGAGACUUGGAUUUGGCUAGACACCAAAAUGGGUUCCAGGAUUUACCACGAGUUUGAAGUUACUGUACCUGAUUCUAUCACUUCUUGGGUUGCAACUGCUUUUGUGAUCUCUGAGGAUUUAGGUCUUGGACUAACAACUACUCCAGUGGAGCUCCAAGCCUUCCAACCAUUUUUCAUUUUUUUGAAUCUUCCCUACUCUGUUAUCAGAGGUGAAGAAUUUGCUUUGGAAGUGACCAUAUUCAAUUAUUUGAAAGAUGCCACCGAGGUUAAGGUAAUCAUUGAAAAACGUGAUGCAUUUGAUAUUCUACUGGCUUCGAAUGAAGUAAAUGCCACAGGACACCAGCAGACCGUUCUGGUUCCAAGUGAGGAUGGGGCAACUGUUCUUUUCCCGGUGAGGCCAACACAUCUGGGGGAAAUGCCCAUCACGGUCACAGCUGUCUCACCUGCUGCUUCUGAUGCUGUCACCCAGAGGAUUUUAGUGAAGGCUGAAGGAAUAGAAAAGUCAUAUUCACAGUCCAUCUUAUUAGACUUGACUGACAGCAAGCUACAGACUACCCUGAAAACCUUGACUUUCUCCUUUCCUCCUCAUAUAGUGAGUGGUAGUGAGAGAGUUCAGAUCACUGCAAUUGGAGACAUUCUUGGUUCUUCCAUCAGUGGCUUAGCCUCACUAAUUCGGAUGCCUUAUGGCUGUGGUGAACAGAACAUGAUAAAUUUUGCUCCAAAUAUUUAUGUUUUGGAUUAUCUGACUAAAAAGAAACAACUGACAGAGAAUUUAAAAGAAAAAGCCCUUUCUUUUAUGAGGCAAGGUUACCAGAGAGAACUUCUCUAUCAGAGGGAAGAUGGCUCUUUCAGUGCUUUUGGGAAUGAUGACCCUUCUGGGAGCACUUGGUUGUCAGCUUUUGUUUUAAGAUGUUUCCUUGAAGCUGAUCCUUACAUAGAUAUUGAUCAGAAUGUGUUACACAGAACAUAUACUUGGCUCAAAGGACGUCAAAAAUCCAGUGGCGAAUUUUGGGAGCCAGGAAGAGUGAUCCACAGUGAGCUUCAAGGUGGCACUAAAAGUCCAGUAACCCUUACGGCUUAUAUUGUGACUUCUCUCCUGGGAUAUAAAAAGUAUCAGCCUAACAUUGAUGUGCAGGAGUCUGUCAAUUUUUUGGAGUCUGAAUUCGAUAGAGGAAUUUCAGACAAUUACACCCUGGCUCUUGUAACUUAUGCGCUGUCAUCUGUGAGGAGCCCUAAAGCCAAGGAUGCUUUGAAUAUGCUGACUUGGAGAGCAGAACAAGAAGGAGGCAUGCAAUUCUGGGUGUCAUCAGUGUCCAGACUUUCUGAAUCCUGGCAACCAAGGUCCCUGGAUAUUGAAGUUGCGGCCUAUGCCCUGCUCUCACAUUUCCUGCAGCAUCAGAUUUCUGAGGGAAUCCCAAUUAUGAGGUGGCUAAGCAGGCAAAGAAAUAGCUUGGGAGGUUUUGCAUCUACUCAGGACACCAUUGUGGCCUUGAAGGCCCUGUCUGAAUUUGCAGCCCUAAUGAACAUAGAAGAGACAAACAUCCGAGUGACCGUGAUGGGGCCCAGUUCACUGAGUCCUGUAAAGUUUGUGAUUAACACACAGAACCGCUUUCUCCUCCAGACAGCCGAGCUUGAUGUGGUACAGCCAACUGCAGUUAAUAUUUCCGCAAAUGGUUUUGGAUUUGCUAUUUGUCAGCUUAAUGUUAUAUAUAAUGUGAAAGAUUCCAGAUCUUCCAUAGUCCGAAGAUCUAUCCAAGAUCAAGAAGCCUUUGAUUUAGAUGUUGCUGUAAGAGAUAAUAAAGAUGAUAUCAAUCACUUGAAUUUGAAUGUGUGCACAAGGUUUCUGGGCCCAGCUAGAAGCGGUAUGGCCCUUAUGGAAGUUAACCUCCUCAGUGGUUUUACCGUGUCCUCAGAUGCCAUUGCCCUGAGUGAGACCCUGAAAAAAGUGGAACAUGACCAUGGAAAACUCAACCUCUACUUAGACUCUGUAAAUGAAACCCAGUUUUGUGUUGAUAUCCCUGCUGUGAGAAACUUUAGAGUGUCCAAUACACAAGAUGCUUUAGUGUCCAUAGUGGAUUACUAUGAACCAAGGCGGCGAGCGGUGAGAAGCUACAACUCCAGAGCACAGCUGUCCUCCUGUGACCUCUGCGGGGAUGCGCACGCCUGUGGCCCCUGUGACGACACGGCCUCUGCCUCCCUUCCGCACCCUAAUGCCUACCUCCUUUUCUGCUUCACGCUUCUGUUCUGUUUGCAAUGUUGGCUAUGAUUUAUUUUUUAAAGACUCGCGUAACACUUUCAUUUGCACAAGUCACACGUGAUUCUCUUGUUUUCAUAAUCAAAUAUUGCCUCUAUUUUGAAAAUCAGUGUUUUUCUUUUUAUGGGGUGGGGGUGUACAACAGGUCCUUGUAUAUGUAGCUGCACAGAUUUCUUCCCCUGACUUCUGUGUGGAACAAAAAAUGAGAAUUAUUGCAGCUGUAUUCUUUUAUUUCCCUCUCUUAAAAUCUUUUAGGAUUUUUUUGGAGGUAUUGUUCCCUCCAGAAUAAAUGUGUUAUUUUA